AUGCCAGCUGACUUUAUCAAAGACCUGACACCUGACCACACCUACACCCGGGGCCACACCUUCACCCCAGCCUCACACGGGGCCACACCUUCCACCACAGCCUACACACGAGGGCCACCUUCCUACAGCCUACACGGGCCACCUUCACCCCAGCCUACACGGGGGCCACCUUCACCCCAACCUACACGGGGCCACACCUUCACCACAGCCUACACACGGGCCACACCUUCACCACGCCUACACGGGGCCACACCUUCACCACAGCUACACUCGGGGCCACCUUCACCCCCAGCCUCACACGGGGCCACACCUUCACCACAGCCUACACACGGGGCCACACCUUCACCCCAGCCUACACACGGGGGCCACACCUUCACCCCAGCCUACACACGGGGCCACACCUUCACCACAGCCUACACACGGGGCCACACCUUCACUAGCUACACACGGGGCCCACACCUUCACCACAGCCUACACACGGGGCCACACACCUUCACCACAGCCUACACACGGGGCCACACCUUCACCCCAGCCUACGAGGUACAGCACCACAGCCUACACACGGGGCCACACGCCCCAGCCUACACGGGGCCACGCCUACCACAGCCCUACCUCGGGCCCUUCACACCCCAGCCUCCACACGGGGCCACACCUUCACCACAGCCUACACACGGGGCCACACCUUCACCCCAGCCUACACACGGUAGCUCAGUUGUUGUACUUGACAGCCGGGAGUGA